GGAGGCGCAGAAGAAGUAGCAGCAGCAGGAGUAACGGCCUGACGCAGGCGGACGCUGCUGCUGCUGCGCAUUUCAGGAUCCACCGCGACCUAAUGGUUAACUGUGGCGGACUUUGGAAGCUACGCGCUGCGUGUAUAUUCUGAAUGCAGUCGCCAGGUAGAGGUCGAGUGUAACAGCUGUUUUGUUGACUCCGGAAUGAAACGGCCGCCGAGCUGCGCCUCUUCCUAACGAGCCCCGGCGGAUGGACAUGAACUCCAUCUUUGCGCAGAGUUGUUGUGUGUUUUGAACUGACCGCUGCUCUGAAGUCAUGGCGCACGACGCGGUGAAGUCGUUUGUACGGGUUUGCCGUUACCUCCAGGAGCCCUGUCAUGUGGCGAGGUUUCAAAAUAUCUGCGGCGUCAAAGCCGCGUUCGCGGACAAGCCGAGCAAGCCGGGCAGCGGACCCCCGGGGACGGACUCUCCCGGGCUGAGGAAGCGGCUCCACGUCUCGGAGGUCGGGAACGGAGCGGCCGGGGACGCCUCCGCGCCGCAGCACAACGGGGUGCAGGAGGACACGACCGCCGAGUCUGACUGUUCAUCAUCUUCAUCAUCAUCAGCGGCUAAUGUCGCUAAACCCCUCCGGAGGAACUCCCUGACCGGGGACGGGGGUCAAGAGUUCCUGAUCAACAACAAGUUCCUGUUCUACCUGUUCACGUUCGGCACCGAGCUGGGCAACGAGAUGUUCUUCAUCGUCUUCUUCCCCUUCGUCUUCUGGAACAUCGACGCCCUGGUCAGCCGGAGACUCAUCGUGGUCUGGGCCUGGAACCUGUUCGUGGGUCAGUCCACGAAGGACAUGGUCCGCUGGUCCCGGCCGGCCUCCCCGCCCGUGGUGAAGGUGGAGGUCUUCUACAACUCCGAGUACAGCAUGCCCUCCACCCACGCCAUGACGGGCACGGCCAUCCCCUUCUGUCUCUUCAUGCUGACAUAUGGACGGUGGCAGUAUACCUUCCUGUUUGGCUUGUGUGUGGCGCUCACCUGGAGCGUCCUGGUGUGUGUGAGCAGAGUCUACAUGGGGAUGCAUUCUAUCCUGGAGGUGAUCACUGGCUUCCUGUACAGCCUCCUCAUUCUCGCCUUCUUCCAUCCCAUUUUGGACAAGAUUGACACCUACUACAUGAUGGACCACUACUCUCCGCUUGUGGUUAUCGUCUCACACGUGGGCCUGGGACUUGUGGCGUUCUCCCUGGAUUCCUGGAGCACCUCUCGGGGCGAUACGGCUCAGGCCCUGGGCACCGGGGUGGGAAUCGCUCUGGCAACCCAUGUGAACUAUCAGCUGGGGCUGCUGCUGGAUGUGCCGCUCUCCUCACUUCCUCUAACGUUACCGUCAAUCAGCGCCGGCCUGGUGGUCCGCUCGCUGCUGCGCUUCCUCCUUGGAGUCGCCGUCCUCCUGGUCACGAGGAUGGUUAUGAAAGCAGUGACUAUUCCCUUCUUAUGUCGACUGUUUGGGCUGCCGUCGGAUGAUGUGAGACGGGCGAGGCAGCACAGUAAAGUGGAGCUGCCGUACCGUUACAUCGUCUACAGUGUUGUGGGCUUUAACUGUGCCUGUGUGGUGCCUCUCCUCUUUAGGAUCCUAAACCUUGCCUGAGUGUUGUGUUCCAACUGUCGAUGGGCCGCUGACAUGUUCAACCACACAGUAAAGGCAAACAACACUUGGUUACAUGACGAUAACUGUUCAAAGUCAUUUGGUUUUGUUCUCUAUGUUUCUCUUUUGUUAUUGUCAACAAACCCCAUGAAAAGACUAUAAUCAAUUCUGAAUGUAUCUUACUAACAAGAAAGUAAUUACUUAAUCCAAAAACUAUUAAAAACUCAUCAGUGAGCGACCUGGCUGAACUUACUGACAUUUUUACUCAUCACAUUAAAGCAACCACUCUAGUUUGUAUAUUCAUGUUUUUUUUGUUGCUAUUUAUUUUUCAGGGUCAGUUGAUAAACUUCUGACCAGCUGCAAAAGUUACAGAAGUCAGACAUAAGAAUUAUCCUUAUCAUCUAUGUUUUUUAGGCCAUUUUUAAACAACUUGGUGAAAACAGUGAUGUAAUUAUUGAAGAUACAUAAGCAGGUUUUAUUUUUCUGCAGCACUUUUUCUCGAAUCUAGUUCUGACUCAGAACUUGAUGAUUUUUCUUCUACCGCUGUUUUUCAGUCGCAGUUAUUUUGCUUUAGUUGCCAAAGUUUCAUGCUUGCUUCAACCUUCAAAACAUUCAACCCGUACAGGACACUCCUGCUUUCGGUUUUUCAAAUAUUAAACAUUCUUCAAAUAUUCUGAUUUUAUAAUGAGUGUCUGUGGGAGGGAAGUGGGACAUUGUGCAUUUUCAGCCUGGUUCAGCGUUUUAAUUCAAUGUCACAUCUGCCUUUUUGCUGCUGUAAAUACACUUAACAUGAGUUAAUCCUAAAUUAAUCAAAACAGUCCCAAGCAAAUAAGAUAUUUAUUCCAGUUUGAGUAUAAUCGGAUAAAAAACUGCAAUGUCUGAGUGUUAUAGGAGAUAGGUUUUCUUUUUUAAAUAAAGGUAUGUAUUUGUGAUCCUUAUUUUUAACGGCCUUGAUUGAGCCUCAUUGUUUGUUUGUGACUUUUUCAUGGGAUUUGUUGUCGGGAUGAAAAACUUAAGAACCUACUGUGGUCGGCGCAUAAGUGUUAACUGGAACUUUUCAAACAAAUAUUCUAUCAGAUGUACUGUAAUGAUUAUAUUCAUCAUAGAGCAGAAUCUGUUGUACAUUUACACUAUUUGAUUGAAGUCAAAGAAUAGAAUCAGUGUUAAUUCAUAUCACUUCUCAUUUGUUGCUUUGUUAAAUUACAAAACAUCCUGGGAGUAAAAGAUUAUUUUAAGUAGUUACGUUUCCAUGGUGUCAUGGUAGUUUUUGAUCUCUAUGUAAAUAUGGAACAACUUUUCCUCUUAGUUGAUUCAUCACAGUUUUUCCAAAUCUGUCGUCAGCAUCAUCGUGUUGCCUUCUUCUUUUUCUACAAAUAUUCUACCGCAACAUUGUUUUGUCCUUUUAAGUUUAAACCAAGUGCUCUCUUAAAUGAUCAUUUAGUAUAGAAUCAAGAGGAAACAAAUAUUUUUGAUAAUUUAUUUUAUCAUCUUACUAUCUCUGGCUGAACAGAAUCUAAAUAUAUGAUUAUGAAAAUUCAAAGAGACUUUUCAGCUGAAGUCCCUAAACUACAGGAUACAAAUCCCUGACCCUAGAUCCUGUCUAAAUGUUGUACUUGUUUUUUUCGGUUGCAUUGUAUUAAUUGUUUUAUGUUCAUGUAGGAAUAUGAAUUUCAGAGCGCUCGUAUCAUGAGUACUCGUGAAAUAUAUCGAUUUAUUAUCAACUCAUCUUUUUUUCCUGUUAUGCAAAAGGACUGUAUCUGAAAAAAUACGGUAAAAGGAUGAAUAAAAUAUUCAAAGUAUAAA